AUGGAUCCCCGUGAAGUGGCUAUACAAUCUGCUAUCGCUGAUCUCAAUUCUGGUGUUUUUACAAGCCAACGGCAGGCUGCCAAGGCCUAUGGCGUCCCCCGAUCAACGAUCCAAGAGCGCCUCAGCGGUCGCCAACCCAACGCGAUAGCUCAUCAUCAACAGCAGCGAUUGACUCCAGAACAAGAGCAAUUUCUAGUAAAUUGGAUACUUGAAGAGGACUCACGCGCACAGCCACCCUCCCAUCCACGCGUACGAGAAAUGGCUACCCUUAUCCUCCACAUGAACGGCGACUACGAGCCACUCGGGCAUAAAUGGGUAACCCAUUUCAUCACGCGUAACCCACGCGUCGCCUCUAUAGUUGGCCGAAAGAUUGAGAGCGCAAGGACUACAGCAGCCAACUAUGAGACUAUACGCGCGUUUCUAGAGUUGUUUGAGCGUACGCGGAUUGAGCUGGGUAUACAAUAUGAGGACAUAUGGAACAUGGAUGAGACUGGGGUAGGCCUUGGGGUAUGUAGCAACUCCCGUGUGGUUGCUAGCUCGUCAAAGAAGAAGGCUUACGUCAAAUCCCCAGAGGAUCGUGAGUGGGUGUCUAUUAUUGAGUCCAUCUCAGCCGUUGGCAAGAAGCUUCAAUGCCUAGUCAUCUUCAAAGGCAAGCAUCUACAAUCCACGUGGUUCCCAGCACAAGGGGUACCUGAUUGGCUCUAUACAACGUCAGAGAAUGGAUGGACGUCAAAUGCUAUUGGAUCUGAGUGGCUGAAGCGGAUUUUUCUGCCUCAAACUACACCUCAACCCGGUCGCUGGCGGUUACUUAUACUGGAUGGCCACGGCUCUCAGAUCCCGAUAGACUUCAUGUGGCUCUGUAAGCAGAGCAAGGUCUAUCUCCUAUACCUCCCGCCUCACGCGUCACACGUCCUCCAGCCGCUAGAUCUGGCUCCAUUCUCAGUACUCAAAUCUCGUUACCGUAGCGGGAUCCGAGCCCUCUCAGCACUUGAUGACGCAGCACCUAUCAAGAAGGAGCGCUUUGUCACAUCAUACAAUAAGGCGAGAGAUGAGGGACUAUCUGAGAGAGUCAUACGAGCCGGGUGGAAGGCUGCUGGCCUCUGCCCAUACAACCCAGACCUUGUACUGCUCUCAUCUCAAGUAUCAGGCCGGCCUAUCACUCCUCCACCAUCUACUCAAGCCUCAGAUGACGUGUUUGCCACGCCUCAGAGCUCACAGGCCUUGUACAAGGCUCAGCAGCUUAUUCUAUCAGAAUCUCAUUCACGGAGCACACGCCUGAUGCUUGGCAAGGCAGGCAAGGCUAUUGCCAGAGCCAACACCCGCGCAGCUCGGCUAGAAUUUGAAAAUCAACGCCUCAAGUAUCAAUUAGAUAGUGCUACUAUUACUCACUCAAGAAAGCGAGUUCAAGUUAAUCCAAAUGAGCGCUAUAGCAACGUUGAGGCGAUUAAGGCUGCUAUAGAUCGGGCAGCAGCAUUACAAGCUGAGCAGGCAUCACGGCAAGGAGAAGACGAAGCUAAAAAGGCGGCAGCAGCAGCAGCAGCUCUUACGCUUCAGUCUAUGUGUACAGAGUGGCAAUUGUAA